GUCCACAGCGUCUCAUACUCUACACCAGUAUUGCUGUCCUACUCAGGUCCUUGACUCCAUGAAGCUUACCCCCUCAGGCAGGCUGGCAGAGAGCAGUGUGGAGGGUGAUGCCCCAGGCAGUGACCUGAGCACAGCGGUUGAUAGUCCUGGGAGCCACCCCCCCUACCGACUGAGCCAGCUGCCCCCCACCAGCAGCCACAUGGGGGGCCCCCCUGCUGGGGUGGGCCUUCCCUGGGCUCAGCGAGCGCGCCUCCAACCAGCCAGUGUGGCCCUGAGGAAGCAGGAGGAAGAGGAGAUAAAACGUUCCAAGGCUUUGUCGGACAGCUACGAACUCUCCACGGAUCUGCAGGAUAAGAAGGUAGAAAUGCUGGAGAGGAAGUAUGGGGGCUCCUUUCUGAGUCGCAGGGCUGCCAGGACCAUCCAGACAGCCUUCCGCCAGUACCGCAUGAAUAAGAACUUUGAGCGACUGCGCAGCUCAGCUUCAGAGAGCCGCAUGUCCCGUCGCAUCAUCCUGUCCAACAUGCGAAUGCAGUUCUCCUUUGAGGAAUAUGAGAAGGCACAGAACCCUGCGUACUUCGAGGGCAAGCCUGCCUCGCUGGACGAGGGUGCCAUGGCUGGGGCCCGGAGUCACCGGCUUGAACGGGGACUCCCCUAUGGAGGCUCCUGUGGUGGGGGCAUCGAUGGAGGUGGAAGCUCUGUCACCACAUCUGGAGAGUUUUCUAAUGACAUCACAGAGCUCGAGGACUCCUUCUCCAAACAGGUAAAGUCACUGGCUGAAUCUAUCGACGAGGCCUUGAACUGCCACCCAUCAGGGUCAAUGUCUGAGGAAGCAGGCUCAUCUCAACUGGAGAAGCGGGAAUCAAAGGAACAGCAAGAAGACAGCUCAGCCACAUCUUUCAGUGAUCUUCCCCUCUACCUGGAUGACCCAGUUCCCCCACCAUCCCCUGAACGACUUCCUAGUGCAGAGCCUCCACCCCAGAGCCGACCUGAGUUCUGGGCACCAGCCCCACUCCCGCCAGUUCCUCCAUCAGUGCCAUCAGGGACUCGGGAAGAUGGUGGCCGCGAGGAAGGCACUCGUAGGGGUCCUGGGUGCUUGGAGUGCCGGGAUUUCCGGCUGCGAGCUGCCCACCUUCCCCUGCUUACCAUUGAGCCUCCUAGUGACAGCUCCGUGGACCUGAGUGACCGCUCAGAUCGCGGCUCUGUCCACCGCCAGCUAGUAUAUGAGGCUGAUGGCUGCAGCCCGCAUGGGACCCUAAAACACAAGGGGCCACCAGGCAGGGCCCCAAUCCCACAUCGCCACUACCCAGCCCCUGAGGGCCCAGCUCCAGCCCCACCAGGGCCCCUGCCACCAGCCCCCAACAGUGGCACUGGGCCCAGUGGUGUGGCUGGGGGUCGGAGGCUGGGGAAGUGUGAGGCUGCAGGCGAAAACUCUGAUGGUGGAGAUAAUGAGAGCCUGGAGAGUUCUAGCAAUUCCAAUGAAACCAUCAACUGCAGCUCUGGCUCCUCUUCUCGAGACAGCCUGAGGGAGCCUCCAGCCACUGGCCUGUGCAAACAGACCUACCAGCGUGAGACCAGGCAUAGCUGGGAUUCGCCAGCCUUCAACAACGAUGUGGUACAGAGACGGCAUUACAGAAUUGGCUUGAACCUCUUCAAUAAGAAGCCGGAGAAGGGUAUCCAGUAUUUGAUCGAGCGAGGUUUCCUGUCAGACACACCAGUGGGAGUGGCUCACUUCAUCCUGGAGAGGAAAGGCCUGAGCCGACAGAUGAUAGGGGAAUUCCUAGGAAACCGGCAGAAGCAGUUCAACAGAGAUGUACUAGACUGUGUAGUAGAUGAGAUGGAUUUUUCUUCUAUGGAUUUGGAUGAUGCACUCCGGAAAUUCCAGUCCCAUAUUCGGGUACAGGGUGAGGCCCAGAAAGUAGAACGACUCAUCGAAGCUUUCAGCCAGCGGUACUGUGUCUGUAACCCAGCCCUUGUGCGCCAGUUCCGGAACCCAGACACAAUCUUCAUCCUGGCUUUUGCCAUCAUUCUCCUCAACACUGACAUGUACAGUCCCAGCGUGAAGGCUGAACGCAAGAUGAAACUGGAUGACUUCAUCAAGAACUUAAGAGGGGUUGACAAUGGUGAGGAUAUCCCCCGGGAUCUCCUGGUGGGUAUCUACCAGCGCAUCCAGGGGCGUGAAUUGCGGACCAAUGAUGACCACGUGUCCCAAGUGCAGGCUGUGGAGCGCAUGAUUGUUGGCAAGAAACCGGUCCUCUCUCUUCCUCACCGACGACUGGUUUGCUGCUGCCAGCUCUAUGAGGUGCCAGAUCCAAACCGCCCCCAGAGGCUAGGGUUGCAUCAACGGGAGGUCUUCCUCUUCAAUGAUCUCCUUGUGGUCACCAAAAUUUUCCAGAAGAAGAAGAUCUUGGUGACGUACAGCUUCCGUCAGUCCUUUCCCCUGGUGGAAAUGCACAUGCAGCUCUUCCAGAAUUCAUAUUACCAGUUUGGAAUAAAGUUACUAUCUGCAGUACCUGGUGGGGAACGCAAAGUCCUCAUCAUUUUCAAUGCCCCCAGCCUCCAGGACCGGCUACGCUUCACUUCUGACUUGCGCGAGUCCAUUGCCGAGGUGCAAGAGAUGGAGAAAUAUCGUGUGGAGUCGGAGUUGGAGAAGCAGAAAGGUAUGAUAAGGCCUAAUGCCUCACAGCCGGGAGGAGCCAAGGACUCAGUGAAUGGGACACUGGCCCGCAGUAGCCUGGAGGACACUUACGGGGCAGGCGACGGGCUCAAACGGGGAGCACUCAGCAGUUCCCUGCGAGAUCUGUCUGAUGCAGGGGUCUGUUAUUAGCAGUCCACGCCCUCACCAGAGGAUGCCACCUCCGCCCCCACCCCCGCCGCCAGAGGAGUACAAGAGCCAGAGGCCGGUCUCCAACUCCUCAUCUUUCCUGGGCUCCCUAUUUGGAAGCAAGCGGGGCAAGGGGCCCUUCCAGAUGCCACCACCGCCAACAGGCCAGGCCUCUGCCUCUUCUUCAUCUGCUUCCUCUACCCACCACCAUCACCACCACCAUCACCAUGGUCACAGCCACGGUGGUCUGGGGGUGCUACCUGAUGGGCAAUCCAAACUCCAGGCCCUGCAUGCCCAGUAUUGCCAAGGACCCGGGCCUGCCCCACCACCCUACCUCCCACCCCAGCAACCCCCUCUCCCCCCUCCUCCUCAGCAGCCUCCACCCCUGCCCCAGCUGAGCUCCAUUCCACCACCACCAGCCUCUGCCCCUCCUGUGGGACCACAUCGCCACUUCCAUGCCCAUGGCCCUGUUCCAGGUCCUCAGCACUACACCUUAGGCCGGCCAGGCAGGGCCCCAAGGCGAGGGGCUGGAGGCCACCCUCAGUUUGCUCCACAUGGCCGCCAUCCUUUGCACCAGCCCACGUCCCCAUUGCCCCUAUACAGUCCUGCCCCCCAACAUCCUCCUGCUCACAAACAAGGCCCCAAGCAUUUCAUCUUCAGUCACCACCCACAGAUGAUGCCAGCAGCAGGUGCAGCUGGAGGACCGGGAUCCCGGCCACCAGGAGGCUCCUAUUCCCAUCCCCACCACCCCCAGUCACCACUGUCGCCACACUCACCCAUUCCACCCCACCCCUCCUACCCACCCCUACCCCCACCGUCACCUCACACCCCUCACUCACCCCUGCCUCCCACUUCCCCCCAUGGCCCACUGCACGCCUCUGGGCCCUCUGGCACGGCCAACCCACCCAAUGCAAACCCCAAGUCCAAACCAAGCCGGAUUAGUACCGUGGUGUGAUAAAUGGAGCGAGCGAGCUGGAAAUCAGGAAGGUCUGAGGAAUCCACGGGAGAGAGAUCUUACCCCUCUUCUUCCCUCUGUUUUUCUCAAAAUAUAUAUACACAUAGCAGUGUCCUCCUCUCCACUUUCUCUCUGCCUUGGGACCCCUCCUCCAGCCCUUAGCAGUUGCCACGGGGUUUCCUUUCAGAUUUGAGGGCCCUUGCCAUUUACAGCGUGGACUUAGGGCACUCUUUGAUGCUGGGCAGUGGUGAGGGUCUUUUAAAGAUCCUCAUCCUCUUUUUCCUGUCUUCCUCCCUCGCCCCCGCCACUUGUCCUGGUGGUCUAGCUCCGUGGCCUCAGACCUCCAGGCCAGUGUGAGCUCCCUUGCAGCUCUGGCUGGUGGUGAUGGGCAGAUGACCAGAGCUGUAAAGGUGAAAGCUUCCCCCAGAGCUCCUCUGGCUGCAUGAGCCUAGGAGAAGAGAGCUCUGUAGAGCUGUGGCCAAGCCUCAGCUGGCUCAGCCCUCUCUCUGACCUCAGGGCCUGGCCACACACCUCCAUGUGUCUUUCUGCCUGUUCGAGGACACAGACUGUCAAUGCACUCCGUGGGUGGGACCCCCGCUUGGGCUGGCCCCUACACAGGGCAGUGCUUCCUCUCUCUCGAGCCAGUCAAUGCCCUCUCUCCAGUAGGCCCUAGCCCAGACCUCUUCGGCUUCAGGAACUUGGCCUUACCCUGCAAAUGGUCUUAUCCUGAUCAAAGUCAAGACAGGUUUUCUUUGAGUGUGGGGGGGCUCAGGUCUUGGAUGAGAAGGGCACUGCCCUCCCUCACCCAUAUUGCAUGCCCCCCCAUUCCCUUUUGCCUCUCCCAUCUACAACUGAAGACAAUGCACUUUACAGAUGAUUGCCCACACACACAACUCUCUGGGGCAAGGUACCUAACAUCAGCUCUGGGGAGGCGCUCCCAGAGGGCUACCCUGAGCCCAAGAUGUCCUUCCUGAGGCAGAGAUAGAAGCCAUCAGAGCUGGGGCUGGGAGCCAGAAUGCCUGAGUCCUUUCUGUCCGUCAAAAUUUCCACUGCCUCUCCAGCCCUUUUGCAGCCCUGUUUAUUUAUUAUAAAUAUAUUUUUUACAAGUCCCAGCUCCUCUUCUUGCCCCGCAAUCCAGCUCCAUUCUCAGCUCCUACAUUCCUCUCCCCCUCUCCACCGUGGGCUGCAGUACAGAUAGAUAGAUAGACCCUGGCUGUUGAAGAGCCAGGGACCCUGGGCUCAGGGGGUAUGUGGUGGUGGGAGGGGCUGUAUGGAGAGGAGCUGGCGUUCAGGCAUUGUCUUUUUUCCUCCUUGUAUAUAAGAAUGUAUAUUUGAUGCCUCAUAAAAGACCUUGUGCUCAC